CUCACCUCCAAACACCCUCCCUCUUUUUUUGUGUUUUCGCCCGCUCUUCCUUGACUUUAACCCAACGACCCAGUCACGAUCCGGAUGGUCAAGUCACUCAGCGCUUGAUAUCCAUCCACUACGGACGUCUUUUCAUUUGUCUGCCUUGUUCCUAACGCAGUUUUAUUUGCUGAUUUUGUAAGCGCACAACACCCCCCAAACAACAAACAACAACAUGUCUGUCCGAUCGGGUGCUAUCGCCCUCGUCCUUGCGCUUUGCGCCGUCUCCGUCCACUCUCAGGUGUGGGGUUACGUUUCCCAGAGCUUUUCGCUCGUGCGCUCCGACAUCCUCGAAGCCGCCAAUUACGAACUGGUAGCCAACAUCUCUAACCGCGAUGCUGGAGAGAACUACGAAGAACGUUUGUACCCGGCCAACAAAUGGGCCUGCACUGCCCGCACUGUUCCCAAGACCGAAAGCUCACCCACCCGCAGCAUGUUCGUCGACCUCUUCCGAUACUUUGCCGGAGAUAACUCUGCUAAGAAAGAGAUUGACUUGACUGUGCCCGUCAACACCUUCGUCCAGCAACGCGACAACGAUGUCACCUACUACGAGACCUGCCUCGUCUUGCCCGCCAAACUCCAGGCCGAUGCCCCCAAGCCCAACAACCCGUCCGUUUUCUUGGACGAUAAACCCGAAAUGGUCGUCCUCACCAGACGCGUGAGUGGCUACUUCAUCACCGACACCGCCUGGGAGGAGGAGGCCAUCAGCCUGAAAAAAGUGCUCAAGGAGAAGGUGCCCGAGGCCGACUACCAGAGCUACUACCGCAACGGAUACGACGCCCCCAUGAGGAUAUUCAACCGCCGCAACGAAGUUUGGUUCAGAAAGACCGGUGAGGCCGCCCAAAAGACCAUCGACGAGUACAAGAAACGUCAGGCUGAGAAGGUCGCCGCCGCCCCGGUCGUCGCCGAAGAGGAGAAGAAACCCGUCGCCGAUGAGAAGAAACCCGUCGCCGAUGAAAAGAAACCCGUCGCUGACGAGAAAAAGACCACCGAAAAGAAGACGGAAGAGAAGAAGAAGGUCGAGGAGCCCAAGAAGACCGAAGAGCCCAAGAAGGACGCCGCUCAAAAUAGAGAAUAAAUCUGGACGUUCUUGGUGUGCUUUUGUUUUGUUUUUUUGUUUUUUCCCGGAAUCCUCCUGCCCCCAUCCCCAUUUAGUGCGGAAGAGAGCGACUCCUUUUCUCUUGAAGGGCGCUGUGCUGCAAAGACAAACACUCUUUUGGCCAUUAAUUUAUUCUAGAUAUUCUAUCAAUGUACAAUUUCUGUUUUACCCAGUUGAACUCGCUGUCAAGAGUGUGUUGCCAAGUGGGUUCUCCUCUUUAACUUGUUGUUUCAACCCUUUCCUACCAAAACCCAAAACAGGGUCGAGAGGUCGUUUCUUUUCCACUUUCCCAUUCUUUUGGCCAACCAAAUGCCAAUAUAUUUAUACAUCGACUCAUUUUUUUGUAUGUGUUGCAUACUCUGGCUUCUCUAGUGAGGCUUUUCAAAUACACCUUUUUCGAUUACAAA